AUGGCGACAAUCAUCAAAGCAGCGCCAGACGAUUGCGCGCAGCCGCAGCUCGAGGCCUCCUUGCAGGAAUUCGAGGCGACCAGUGAGCCGACAGACCUCGGCGAAGGUGAGGGCGCUGCGCUCUUAGGCGGUGCCUUUCGGCCGGAAUUCUUUCGCCGUUCUCGCCCCUGCGCCGCCUUGGGUCUUUUGCUUGGCUUGGCCCUGGUGACCCUUGCAGGCCUCCUUCUUGUUCCAGAACAAGGUGAGGUCUCUUCACAGACCUCAGCAAGGCUGUCAGAAGCAGAGAUGCAGAGCACCACCCCGGACAAGUUCUGGCUGAUGUGCCCAAACGCGGACUGCGUGUGGUUGGGCAAGACUGGAAGUGAAUGGAUCUACUCCUUCCUCCCCAAGAGUCCCUGGACUCUCGCCGAUGAGAUCGACGAUGGCGUGUCGUGGCUGGCGUCGGUUCCGCAGGACAUGUGGAACCAGGUGAGGAACAAGUGGAUGCAAUCGCCACCGAUGUUCCAGGGCACCCCGGUGACAAUUCAGGAGCUGGCCAACUUUAUGCGCGCCACUCUACGGAGGGAUCCUUUCUCGACCGGGGGUCAGAAGGUCCCCUGGAUCGACCUGCGUGAAGGUGGAGCCGGUGGGCCGGUGCACAGCCAGCAGAAGGCGAUCAUCAUCAAUCACCGGCAGCUUGCGUUCCUCAUCAUCAACAGCUUGCAUGGCAACAAGCUGGAGGGCAUCGAGACAGGCCUGGACGCUGCCCUCGCGCGGUGCAGUGGCGUCAACUCGGCCCCAGGGCUCACCCCCGACAUGCUCUACUCGCUGCUGGCCUAUCUGGCCAUCCUCAGCCGCGAGCUGGUGGGCGACCAGGAUGGCACCUACCUGGUGGGCACGACACCAGGGCCCGCGAACAACCAGUGGCUUCAGCAGCUUGCGGUUGGCAAGAUGCAGCCGGUGACCUUGUGCAACCAUGAGCGGCUUGGCGCAGGCACGUGUGGCUUGAGCGACUUCAUGGCAGCGGGGGUGCCCUUCCAGGCGCUGACAGACAUCGCUGGUCAGGAUGUGGGAGGUGGUGCCCAGCUGUGUCAUGUGGCCAACAGCCAGGAUGAGUCCCUGGUCAUCUUCUAUCCUGAGGUGCUGGCCUUCGCGGCCUUCGUGGGGAACGGGCGGAUGUUGCCUGUUCCGUUCACUCUCCUGGGCGCGAGGAGGUAUCUCAACACCAUUUAUGGCGAGACGGGAGUGGGCCCUCCCUUUCAGAAUCUGUGCGGGAAGGUUGCUGUGGACAACCUGCUCAACGAGAACAUUCUUACACAGGAUGUGAAGACAAGGGUUUCGCUGACCCCGCUCAGCAUGAAGGCGGCCUCCUUCGUGGCCGUAGCAUCCUAUUGCAGCGACUGUCACAGGGGGGAGUGCUCCGAGCCGGACAUGUUCAACAACCUCUGUGACGCCCAGCGGCGGCACUUGGACCAGGACAUUUCUCUGUGGCUGCAGGCUUACAACAGUGCCAACUACACAGUGCCGUCGCGGGGACCUCGUAGACAUUGUCAAGCGCAUCGGCACAGGACCAUGGGGCGGCGGAUUGUGGCAAGGGGACUGCCAACAGUACUUCCUGGCAGUCUGGGUGGCCACGAGUAUGCUACCGGGCGCGUCGCGCUUAGAGUCCUGGGGGCAGGGGUGCUGCUGAACCAUGUUGCACUGGACUACUACAUCUACGAUCACUUCUGCGAGAAUGCAGGCCACCAGUGCUUCGUGCUGCCGAAGGAGUUAUGCCAGACGUGCAUCCAGCUGAGCGGCAUGUCGUCGGUCAUCGAUGCCUCGCGGUGCGGCUACACUGGUGCACAAGACAUGGUGGACCGCAUGACGGGCCGUCAGGUGCAGGACAUCUACUUCCUGCUGCGCGACAUCGGGCCACCCCCGGACCAGGCCGUCCCAGCGCGAUUCGAGUCUUCGGAGCGUCCCCCUCACACAUUUUUCACGGAUUGCCUUGGACAGGUCUUCGAACUCAUGAGUGGCAUGGCGCAGUUCCCAGCGCUCGGAGAAUUUUGCAGCGCAGUUUUGUUUCGAGGUCUGGCUUUUUGUAUCUUUAUCUCGCCUUCCUCUUGA